CAGUCACGCCCCUCAGUAGGAAGUGAAGAAGUGAAGACGCUCGUAGACGUGGACUUGUUGAAAGUUACGGGGAAAUAUUACUGUCUUGUUGUUUAGUUCUUCUGUGAGGUCUCUCACUGUCACGAUGAUCUCCGAGUACCUGAUAGCUCUCGUGGUCCUAGCUGCGAUAUUCCUGAUUGGGUCAAAAAUCAAAAAUCGAAAACCUACAACGGUUCCUGGUCCAUCCAUUCUUCAAGGUCUGUGGGACUUUCUGCAAAGUAUGCGUCAUGAUUCUCUCCAUCUGACGGCAGCAAAGUGGGCGGACCAGUACGGCGAUAUCGUGUCGGUGAACACGCUGUUACGUCAAGUAGUUUUCGUCAAUAGUUCGAGGCUCGCGCGUAAACUUGUGUGCGAUCCGAGCACAAGAGAAGUCUCCAACGACAGACCGCCCACGUUCAUGGGAAGAGUUUUCUUUUAUGACUCUCAAGACAUUUUGCUUGGCCGUUAUGGAAAAGACUUGUUCAAGAGAAGGAAAAUCUUUCAUCAAGUACUAAAGUUUUAUGGCCAAGGUGUCCACAACUUUGAAACACUGAUGAAAUCAACGUCCAAAGAACUGUGCCAUCGCCUGACUCAGUAUGAAGGAGACAUACCUAUAUCGAUAGAGCUUGCUCGAUACAUUCGGUGGGUAGUCGCGCUUCUACUCAAAGGACCGGAGACGUGUGAACAAGAUUUAGAUGCUAUGCUUGAGUAUAUCGAUAGAACAAAUGAGUGUUUCAUUUUUGAAAAGGAAGUAGUCUUAGAAACAGUUCCUUUUGCGCCUCAUAUCCCUGGACUAGGCCUGAAGAAGCUUGUGGGUGAUCUAAAAGUCGCCCAAGAAGUGAUGAGACAGAGAUUUUUUCUGGCUAUUCGAGAAACCUACCAGAAAGGGGAAAGAACUGGUAUAGUUACUGACAUGUUAGACCAGCAGACAGAGCUAAAGGAGAAAGGAAACGCCUCCGAAAUGCCUGAUGAAUUAAUCAUUGGUUUAGUCCAGGAUAUCGCCGCAGCUGCCUAUGCCACAACGGUAGCGACAUUGAAAACAUUAUUUUUGCAGAUAGUGGUGGACCAAAAGCUUCAGGACCGCAUACAUGCAGAGAUCUGUGAAGUGAUAGGAGAUGAAAGCCCCAGCUUUGAACACAAACGCCACAUGCCGUACACAGAAGCAGCUAUCCUGGAGACCUUGAGAUAUUCCUCAGUCGUACCUCUUCUGCUGCCUCAUUACGCCUGUGGGGACAUUCAUUUUGAGGGACAUUUCAUUCCUAAAGGUACUUUUCUUAUCCUGAACGCCUUUUACUUCCACCAUAGAGAUGACGCCUUUGAAGACCCCUGGAAGUUCAAACCAGAGAGGUUCCUGGACUCUGAAGGUCAACUCCUCGACCCAGAACAUCCCACACGACAGAAGCUUAUUCCUUUUGGGACUGGGAAAAGAGCUUGUCCUGGUGAAAGUUUUGCGAGGAUUCGCGUCUUUUUCAUCGUGGUCACUUUGCUUCAGAAGUAUCGGUUUUUGCCCCCCGUUGAUGACCCGCUCCCGUCUGUGCAUCCACGGGACUGGAAAAUACAGGCAGUGAUUUCUCCAGACGAAUACAAGUGCCGAAUGGAACCCAGACUCAAAGGAGAGGCCGGUACUUGUCAGACGUAAUGAGAACUGAGCUCAAGCAUUCGGAAUUAACCAUAGACUUGAGUUAUCCACAUGUAUAUAAUACCCAAGCCUGAGAACUCUCACAUAAUUCUUGUUUACUACAGAGAGCAGCAUUCGACUCUGUUUGGGACUAAAUGAAGGGCAAGAGGGAAAAAUAUUGUUCACGACACUUGACUUAAGCGAGACUAGUGCUUUGACUUUCGUUUGCACGUCCAAUGUGCGCAGAAGGAGCAAAGUGUUUUUCUUUAAUAGAGAGCAAAGACUGAAAGCCAUGACAGUGCCUUGUUUGAAUAUAUCAUAAUUCACGUCUUGUCUAUUGAAACAACCGACAGGGCAGAUCAAUUUAUUGUAGACUGUAUAGUAGUCCCAGGCCCCAAAUGUUUAACUAUUUUUAAUGUAAUUUCUUUAUUUCUCUUAUCGAUUGCAUGUGAUCGAGAAAUAUUUGGUGGACAUUCAAAUUCUAAUGUUGAAAACAACAAAAAAGGAAAGAAACAAAGAAACAAAAGAAACUUAAACAUAGCAGCAAGAAAAGAUACAUAAUGCAUGUACAUUUAUUUAAAAAAACAAAACACUUCUCUCUCUCUCCUGAGGACGUUUGGUGCUGGGUUUGGUCAACUGGAGCAGCUGGUAGACCGUAAUACCUUACCGGAAAUUCCAGCACUUCCGGCGUUUGUCGUGGAGAGGAAGGACUCCCGAGUCCAUGGACCAUUCGUUUUCUCCUUGUAUGAUGCUUUACUCUACAUUUUUCAGCCUCUAACAACACAAUUCAGAUCCCUAAAUAGGCGGAAGUCCCUGACCACACCUGUCAGCGCGAACCCGGGCUUGGCACAUCCCAACUGACAGAUGGAAGCACUCAAUAAGAUAAGCUUCCUAACGCAGGAAUGGAACUCUUGUCUUUAACGAGCAACGAUGAACAGCCUAGACAUUUUACCAUAGUCGUCUGAUUUUUUAAAGAUACAUCCUUGCCAUUUUUUCAUUUUCUCGAAGCAGUGAAAUACAAUAUCCCCAUACAGGA